AUGCUCGUUAGAGCGAGUGGUCUCGACUCAAUACCAUCUGAGCUGUCUGGGACAUGCGGCUUUGAUUCGUUUGAUUGGGAUAUGCUCGCAAACACAGACAUCUGUUCCCCCUCAGAACCGUGGAAAACAUAUCAAGAUGCAGUACAACAGCCUGAACCACCUGCAUUGGAUCCUUACAUAUCGCCAAUAUCAUUCUCUCAGUUCUGCAAAUGCGAUGAAGAGGUCUCUGAUACGGUUCGCAAACUAAGCCGAGCACACAUGUCCAAUGAUAUCAUCCAAGUACUUCGGAUCGGAAUAUCUCUCACAGAAAGGCUUCUCAUCUGUCCAAUCUGCUACGACACUUCCAAGCCCCCGAGGUUAACAGUUCAAAAUGUUCUCCUGAUAGGCCAGUUGAUGUUUGAAAUAACAUCAAGCUACCAGAAGUACCUCCAUUGGCUGGAUGAACACUGUACCGAGCUGGACCUCAAAAAUGAAAGUGAACUCAUUUAUCUCGACUCUGGACUUGGGAUCCCGGAGAUUUCCUUACAGCUCAGUGGAGAGAAAUUUCGAGAUCUCGUCAUGACUGGUCUUCGGAAGGAUACUGAGCGAAUGUCGGCGCUGGGGAAGCGAUUUGCGCAACGACAACGUAACCGACAUAUGGCUGGGCAUGAAGUCUGUCCUGAUCUCGAGGGCAGGUGUCGGAAGAAGGAAUAUUUAGGUGUUGAUCAUGACCCGCUUGAUCUUUGUCCGCAGGAUCCUAUGGCGAAGAGAUUGGUGCCUUGUUUUCGGAUUGUUGAUGAGGUUCGAGAGAUGAUCGAGCGAGUUGCUGACGCUGUUGUGUGA